GAAUAUAUGGACAAUACUACACCAGUAAGUUGGCUACAUUUGUAUUGAAAAUUAUUACGACAUAAAAAAGCAACGAAAAUGUUCUAUAUGACAGCGACGCGGAGGAGGACAUUAAUGAUAUGGAGCGGGAGAGUAGACCCAUGGACUCAAGCUUCGAUGAAGAUCAUAGGGAUAACUACAUAAUAGAAGAGCCCACAGUUCGUAAGACCGUGCAGAAGAGAAAAGGGAGUGUUGGGAGAAAAAAAGUUGUUAUCAAAAAAAGUAAUAUAAAAAUGACUCUGUCCUAUAUAGAAAAUGCUAUGAAAGAUUUUAAGUGCUGCCACAAAGAUUGCGUCCACUUAAUUCUUUAUAAAGCAGAUAUUCAAAAAUCAAGGGUAGAAUUCCUUGAAAUGGAUAGAGAGAGUCAAGACCAGYGGUUGCUUAAUUUCUUCCAACUGUGUCUUAAAAAACGAGGUGGGAGAGACGUAUAUAAUUAUACUGUCGAAGGGAAGAUACUGUGCCAGAAAGCUUGGAUUUUCUGUUAUGGCAUGUCAUAUGGACGAUUUCACCACUGGAGGAACGCAUUCCAAAGAGGGAUACGAACUCCGAUUCAUGGACGAACAGGGAUUUGUAAAAAAUCUGAACGCUUUAUGGAAGCGCAAUUAUGGUUUGGCGAGUAUUCCACUGCCAUGGGCAACAGAAUGCCUGAUAGCCCAAGGGUGGAGCUGCCUGCUUGCCAAACCAUAAGAAAGGUGUACAAGGCUUAUACUGAGUCAGUGAAGCAGCCACUAAAAAAAACUCAGUUUAGGUCAAUGUGGCUGGAAACGUAUCCCGAAGUCAUUAUCCCAAAGAGAAAUCGAUUUUCAAAAUGCGGGGUCUGUCUUCUUAUUGGAGACAUGAUCCGAGAAACAAAAAACAGCCAAAAGAAGCUAACAUGGCUUGAAAAGAAACA